AUGAGCUUCUCACACCUUCACCCAUCAUACGACAUAAGAUAUUUUGUCGAUCAUUACGACUUUGGCCUCAUUGGUCGAGGAACAAUCGUAGACAUUGGCGGUUCCCAAGGUCAGGUCAGCGUAGCCAUUGCCGAGCGCUUCCCCGACAUCACCUGCAUCGUGCAAGACCUCCCCGAGACCAUUGCCCACUUGAAUGUACCCGAUUCCCUGAGCCAGCGCGUGCUAGGCAUGGCUCACGACUUUUUGAAGCCACAGCCUGUGCGUGGCGCAGACAUUUAUCUCCUGCGCUGGAUUCUGCACGACUGGUCGGACAAGUACAGCAUUACCAUUCUGCGGAAUCUGGUACCAGCUUUGAAAAAAGGCGCCAAGAUCGUGAUCAACGACAUUUGCAUCCCAGAUCCAGGACAGGUGUCUUUACGCGCGGAACGCUUUCUUCGGUGUGUUUCCUUUCUUUCUCUCUCUCUCUCUCUCUCUCUCUCUCUCUGUCUGUCUCUCUGGGCUGGUGCUAACUGGUGCAGUGCAAUGGACAUAUCGAUGAAGGCCUUCAACAACGCUCGAGAACGUGACGCAGAAACGUGGCAAUGGCUGUUCAGGAUGGCCGAUCAAAGAUUCGCGUUCAAGGAAAUCGUUCUGCCCCAGGAUGCUCGUAUGGCUGUCAUAACGGCCGAAUGGACUGGCUGA